UCUCCGUUUAUCUCCGUUUCUUUGGUUAACCCAGUGGCUCUCCUCUUCACCUAGCCCUGGUUCUUUGAUUUUCUUUCUCUCUCCUCCCCCUCUCCUUCCUUCUCUUCUCCACUCUUAGAACCCAGAUCGGGUUCUUGCAAACCUAGAUCUAGAACAUUAGACAUUCCAUGGUUCAAUUAGAUGAGGAAGAAGGCAUGAAUGAAAGGCUUAGCAACGGAGAGAAAGAGAAAGGAAAGGCUAGAUUGGAGAGGAAAGGCUUAAGCCAACGAGGGAGAUCAAGGGGCAAAAAGAGAACUGACAUCAGAGGAGGAAGAGAUAGCCAACAAUGGAGAAUGGAGAGAGAAGGGGAAGCUCAGCAUCUUCGACAUCUACUUCAAGACCCCCAUUGUUCAUGGAAUGGAUCUCGUCACUCUGCGCUUCAGGUCCCUUGCCAAGCGUCUCGUGCUUCUCGUUGGUACGACUUUAUGUUAGGAAUGUAGGUAAGAUGCUUUCUUGUUUGCUUCUGCCAAUGGGUUUUGUAACUGGUUUUUGGUUCCUUAUAGCUGAUUAAUUGGCGUUAAACUUGAAAUGCUUUUCUGGUAGUUUGCAUUUUCUGUUGUUGAAAUGUCUGUAAUUGGGAAUUGAUUUUCUGGGACGGUUUCAAUUGGGCUUACAUCAAUUAAUUUAGCAUUUUUCU